UUUUACGGGAGGCGUGCGCUUUCAUGUGUGGGCGUCUCCGUAAAAGUCCCAGAGCUACAGAGCAUGUGCUCAAACACACUGCAUAGGUGUGCUGCUCCAUUCAUUUGACUUUUACGUUUUCUUUAUUUCAAUCAGUUCGCUAUUUUUUCUUUUUUUUUUGCUCCCUACUUCCUGCUGUACAAUUUACUUUAGUGAGGAUUUUUUUCCAUGCCAUUUUUUUCCUAAGAAAUAGAGGGAGAGAGAAGGUAGGAGGAGCCGGACAGAGAAGUGUGCCUCACUCUCUCUCUCUCACACUCUCUCACACACACACUCACGCUGCCUCUCUUCCAUUCUGUCAUUGCCAUCUCGGCAGAACGGAGACUGUUCAUUCCCAGCCACGCUGAAUAUAGUGUGGGGGGGACAGCACGCUUUUGACUUUGUUUAAGUCAGAUUUCACAGAGGAAUAUUCUUUUUCUUCACGACAUCCAAAGGAUCGGCAAGAAGAAGAGGAAAAGAAAGUAAGAGAAAAACAUUACAAGGAUUUUUUUUCCAUUUUUUUUUUUCUAAUUGAAUCGAGAACACGUGACAGCCGGUUUUGCCACUGGAUUCUUUCACACAACAAGACGUGAGAUUGUCUUAUUUUUCUUCCUUUCAUGUUGUGAUUUUCACUUUUACUUUGAGAGAGCAGCACUGACAGAAAGAACAAUGGUUGCUGGAAUGCUGAUGCCCGUGAGGGAACUGAGGGCCAUCUAUGAGCUCCUGUUUAGAGAUGGUGUCAUGGUGGCCAAGAAGGACAAGAGGCCUCAGACCAAGCACCCUGAAGUAGAAGGUGUGAGCAACCUACAGGUAAUCCGCGCCAUGGGGUCUCUUAAGUCUCGGGGCUAUGUGACGGAGACAUUCGCCUGGAGACAUUUCUACUGGUACCUGACCAAUGAGGGCAUUGUUCACCUGCGUGACUACCUCCGCUUGCCCCCGGAGAUUGUCCCUGCCUCUCUGCAGAGGAUCAGGAAGCCCGCCACCACACUGGCUGUUCCCCAGAGGGGUGCACGGGUCCAAUCUGUGGAAGGUCCUACAUCUUAUGUUCCCAAGCCAGGACGCAGGGGUGAAGAAGAGAGCCAGGAGUCUCUGGCUGAGCGUCAAGGCUACCGCCAUAGGAUGAUGGGCGCCGGAGAAAAAGAGAGCUACUCUGAUAGGACCCCCAGGUUUAGGGGUCGUCCGACGGCUGCAGGACCAGUCAGGCCAAAAGCAUCAUGGGAAGUGGAGGACCAGCCUCAGCCUCUGUUUAGAAGGGGGAAUGGCUUCAGAAGUGAGGCAGCGAUGAUGGAGGAGAGCAAGGUGAAAAGAGUCUCUCGUCAGCAGCCCGAUGUGAGUAGUGAGUGGCCAGUAGCAACAUCACAGGAGAGAAGAGUGUCUGAUGUUCAAAAGGAGAAGGCCCCGAUGUCUGUCCAGAGUCAGAGAGCAGCUAUGAGACAGGAUGCACCGCAGACCACUCUGACAUCAGUGUCCUCCAAAACAGCCCUGCCAUUAACUGUGGCUGCUGUCGCCGUGGCUACAGGUGCUGCAACAUCAAAGAUUCCAGCUGAACCCUCAACUCCAAAAACAAAUAAAGAGAAGCUCAAGAUCGCUGAUGAAAAAGCUUCCAUGAAGCAAAUGGUAAACAGCAAUUCAGCUAUCACAAUGCAUCCUGAUACAGAGGUCAAAGAGGAGAAGACAAAAAAGGUGAUUGUGGAUCCAAUUAAAUCUGAAGAGGUCAAGGCUACAGCUAAAACUACAACUGAUCACAUGAAGGCCCAGGCAGUUAUUACAGUAGCUGCUGCUCCGGAAACCUCCAAACUCCUCACUCCCUUCGCUGCCUCUGUCAUCACGGAACCUGUCAAUAAAGAUGUCAAAGAGGAGAAAGCAAAAAGGGUGAUUUUGGAUCCAUUUAAAUCCACAGAGGUCAAGAAUGCAGCUAAAGCAGCAACUGAAAUCACAAAGGCCCAGACAGUUAUCACAAUGGCUGUUGCACAGGAAACCUCCAAACUCCUUUCUGCCCCUGACACCGCUGCCCCUGUCACCGUAAAACCUGCCAGUAAAGAUGUCAAGGAAGAGAAAAUCAAAAAGGUGAUUGGCGAUCCAAUUAAAUCUGAAGAGGUCAAGGCUACAGCUAAAACUGCACCUGGUAACAUGAAGGCCCAGGCAGUUACUACAGUAGCUGAUGCUCCGGAAACCUCCAAACUCCUCACCGCCACCGCCCACUGCUGCCCCCCGCCAUCACAAAGAUUGUCAAUAAGGAUAUAAAUGAAGAGAAGACAACAAAUGUGAUU